AUGUUGAUCACUCCACGGACAUACUCUGCUUCACAGACCUUGGAUGGGCCCUCCAACUCAACAGGUAACUCAAAGCGGCUGCGUUUCUCUUCACUCACAGGCUGGCACGCCGUGCCCACAGAUGCCGACCAUAUAACAGAGAUGCCAUUAAUUUGGCAGGCUGGAAGUGUGCGCGUCGGCGAGGUUAUCAGGCCAGCGGCCGACGAAACUCAGCCUCCCCCAGCUGCGCUGCAUGUGAAGGUAAGAAACACAUCGGCAAUACCACUGCGAGCCGCAUAUCUACAUGGUCCAUACACUCUAUAUGCGUCGUGUUAUCCAUGUUCAUUUGACCCAAGCACUGGAAUCGGCACUACCGACGCCUCCGAUGUCCCUCAAUUCGAGCCGUACCUCAAAGCUGGUGGAACUUGGAAUGCAGUGAUACCUGUGCCAGUUUGUAGGCAGCAGGGAGAUUCUGGAUCCGGCGACUAUACAACUCGACAGGAAACCACAUGGAUUAUCGAGAUUAUAUCGCAAGUCAUAUUUUCGAGCACUGCGUCGGUGAACUUCGAGAUCGUGGUUGGUCGGAAUGAGAUGUCAUUGGAUCUUCCACCUUCUAGUGCGCGGUCCUUACCACCUACCCCUGCCCACCUGCACGAUCACUGGCCUUCGGGAUCUAAAGGGGAGCAACUACUUGCCAAACAAGGUGUAUACUCGGAUUCCAUAAGGCUGUUGAUAGAUGAUACCGCUAGCCUUUGGAACACCCCGCAUCUUCCCGCUUCAUGUCACAGUCAGGAGUCCGGUAAUGAAGACUCAUUGAUACCCGAGCCCACGUUUCACGAGGCUGAUUCUGCAUCCGUGUCUCGACAAUCAGUUACCAUGGGAUCACGCGCCAAACCUCGAACAAAAAUCCACCUUGUCAUAUUAACCCAUGGUCUACAUAGCAAUCUUGGAGCGGACAUGCUGUAUCUAAAAGAAAGCAUUGAUGCCGCCACCAAGAAACGCAAACCUUGUCAGAAUUGCCAUAGGUCGACGGACGGAUCGACGCAAGAACCAUUAUCGACUCUCUCAGAUUCUUGUGGCGCAUGUGAACAUGAUUGCCCAGACGAGCGUGUUAUCGUUCGGGGUUUCCAUGGGAAUGCGGCGCGCACAGAACGUGGGAUCCAAUACCUAGGCAAGCGUCUUGCAAAAUACGUGCUGUUGAUAACUUAUCCUGACCAGCCUUAUUUACCGCGCAAAAAGUCAAAGGUCAGAACCUAUACCAAUCUAUUGGCUAUAUGGAGAGCAAAAGAGUCGAACGAUUUUCACCCGCAGUCAUUUUCAGACAGGGAUGAAGAGCAUUUACAUAUCGAUAAGCAUAAUGCAUACCAGGUAACGAGUAUCAGUUUCAUUGGACACUCGCUCGGAGGCCUCGUGCAAACAUAUGCUAUUGCAUACAUUCGAAAACACUCCCCGGACUUCUUCGAGAAGAUCAAACCCGUCAAUUUUGUUGCCUUAGCUUCGCCUUUCCUUGGGUUGAGCAACGAGAAUCCCGUGUACGUUCGGUUCGCUUUGGAUUUCGGCCUUGUUGGCCGCACAGGUCAAGAUCUAGGACUUAGCUGGACAACACCAAGGGCCAGGAGUGGGUGGGAGGCCAUAAUGGGUGGGAAAGCAGAAACAUUCAAUACCGAAAGACCCACACAUGCACGGGCGAAGCCUUUGCUGAGGAUUCUCCCAUCUGGUCCAGCUCAUGAGGCACUUUCUAAAUUCAAGAACCGCACAUUAUACUCCAAUCUGGUCAAUGAUGGGAUCGUGCCGCUUCGGACUUCGUGCUUACUUUUUCUUGACUGGAAAGGACUAAAGCGCGUUGAGAAAACGAGGCGAGAGAAUGGAAUUGUUGGAACAAUGGCCGAAUGGGGCUGGGCCGAAUUGACCGGGGCGAAUUCAAGGUCCCCAGGAGUUUCUAGCCAGAUCAAUGGCCGAGAAGCCACAAGCAUUUCUGCCCCAAGGGCCGUGGAGCAAGUACCCCUUACUGUGGAUACCCGACGAGGCUUUUCGACACAAUCUUCAUCCUCUGUAUCCUCUUCUGCUGGAAUGGGGUCUGCAAUUCAGGCGGAAAUGUUGUAUGAAUCUGAGGACAAGUACAUGAACCCCCAAAUGGAUGGACCUUCAUUGCAGCCAUCGUCUAGUCCUCUGGGUGGCUUGUUCUCGAUUUUCAGAUUAAAGGAGCCUGGCCACAAGCAGGUUAAGAUUCUCAGACGCAGCCAAACAGUUGCUUCUCCGAUGGCGGAAGAUCUGGUUCAGCAAGACGGCCCUUACUUUGACCAUACCUCUUCCCAUGAUACUGGACUAGUACCGCCACCUAGAACAACUGUACUCGAAUCCGCUGGUGACAUCCUUAUGCCUCCUCUCCCUGCAGUCGAUUACAUCGUUAAUCCCGCAGUUCGGCCCCGAACCAUUCUGCAUGACCGGAUCUACCACCCCGAGGAUAUUCCCCCUCCGGCCGUAAAGCGACGGAAUACAGCUAUCAACCAGCACGGGACCGUGGCAGUGGAUCAUGUCUCGGCUGAAGACGCUGCAAAUGACCCGGGGCUCAAAGUGGAAGAGAAGAUUGCCCGGGCUUACCACCGCGGGCUCUCGUGGCGAAAGGUCCUCGUUCGCUUAGAACCUGAUGCUCAUAAUAACAUAAUCGUUCGUCGAAUGUUCGCGAAUGCUUAUGGCUGGCCAGUCGUACAGCACCUGGUCGAUUCCCACUUUGGACCAAGGUCUUCAGAUCACCUGGGAGGCAUCUGCAAAGACAGCUCAGGAAGUCCAGCCCCGCCCGUCGAAGCUGCAGAUAAUGGUCCUCAUGAUCAAACUCAGCUGCUACCGCUCACUUUGAAUGAUCCCGUCGCCUGA